AUGAGCUUUAAUGAUGAAGGAUUCGGUCCUGUUCCAACCCGAUGGCGUGGAAUUUGUCAAGUUGACGAAGAUAAUACAGAUAAUUUUCAGUGCAACAGAAAGCUUAUUGGAGCAAGAUAUUUUUACAAAGGCUAUUUCGCAGAUCUUGGUGAUGCUAAAAACGUAACAUUUAAUAGCGCACGUGACCUCGAUGGUCAUGGGACACAUACUUUAUCAACUGCUGGAGGCAAUUUUGUAGAAAAUGUAAGUAUAUUUGGCUAUGGAAAUGGUACAGCAAGUGGUGGAUCGCCACAAGCGCGAGUUGCAGCCUAUAAGGUCUGUUGGCCGCCACUUGCUAUUGGUGGUGGAUGUUAUGAAGCAGACAUUUUGGCUGCUUUUGAAGCCGCCAUAAGCGAUGGUGUUGACGUGAUUUCCGCGUCUUUGGGUGGUAGUCCAGCUGAAUUUUUUGAAAGCAGCAGUUCCAUAGGAUCUUUCCAUGCUGUUGCUCAGGGCAUUGUUGUAGUAAGUUCUGCAGGAAACACAGGGCCUUCUCCCCACACAGUAUCUAACGUGGAACCAUGGUCUAUCACAGUUGGUGCAAGCACAAUGGAUCGAUCUUUUACUAGUUUUGUUACCCUUGGUAACCUGAAGAUACUCAAGGGAGCUAGCCUUUCAGAAUCCAACUUGCCACCUAACAAGCGUUACCCUUUAAUAAGCGCAGCCGAUGCCCGAGCUCAUAACACAUCUUCAGCUAACGCCUUGCUUUGCAAGAAUGGAACUCUUGAUCCGACAAAGGUUAAAGGAAAAAUAUUGGUUUGUCUUCGCGGUGAAAAUGAUAGAGCUGACAAGGGUGUGCAAGCUGCUCGUGCUGGUGCUGUUGGUAUGGUUUUGGCUAAUAACAAAGGAGAGAAUGACAUUAUAGCUGAUGCUCUUGUUCUUCCUGCUUCGCAUAUUACCUUUAAAGAUGGAGUCUACCUUUUCAAUUACAUCAACUCCACCAAGUGUCCUAUGGCUUCAAUUUCUAGAGUGAAAACACAUAUGGGUGUAAAGCCAGCUCCAUUCAUGGCUUCCUUUUCAUCAAGAGGGCCUAAUGCCCUUGACCCAUCAAUCCUCAAGCCCGACAUUACGGCCCCAGGAGUUGAAAUAAUUGCUGCUUUUAGUGAAGCUGCAUCUCCUUCUGAUCAAGCAUCCGAUAAACGCAGAACUUCUUACAAUACUUUGUCAGGAACUUCAAUGUCAUGUCCACAUGUUUCUGGCAUUGUUAGUUUAAUUAAAUCUAUUCAUCCUGAUUGGAGUCCUGCUGCUAUUAAAUCCGCGAUUAUGACCACGGCGAGCCUAAAAGAUAAUACUGAAAAUUUUAUGCUGGAUUCGUCGCUGCAAAAGGCAACUCCUUUUGCAUUUGGUGCGGGGCAUGUCCAACCUAAUCGCGCCGUGGACCCUGGACUUGUUUAUGACCUAAAUAUCACCGACUACAUGAACUAUUUGUGCAACCGUGGCUACAAUGGCUCUCAUCUUAGUGCGUUCUACCGCAAGCCAUAUACUUGUCCGGAAUCUUUCAGUUUAGUAGAUUUCAAUUAUCCAACAAUCACAAUUCCUAACUUAAAGGUUGGACAUCCUCUAAACGUGACUCGUACACUCACCAAUGUUGGACCCCCAAGCAUAUAUGUGGUUCUCGUCACAGCGCCUCGCAAGGUUUUAGUCUCGGUUGAGCCUAAGGUACUAAAGUUUAAGGAAAAGGGUGAAAAGAGAGAGUUUACAGUGACUUUGAGUUUGAGGUCUCUAACUAAGAAUAAGAAUAGUAGUAGUAUUGGUUAUGUAUUUGGGAGGUUGGAUUGGACUGAUGGCAAGCAUCAUGUUACGAGUUCUAUUGCAGUUAAGCCACAAAACUGA